UAGAUUUGAGUGAAACCAAAGCACCAGGAAACCUUGAAACAACAGCGCGAUCUGUUAUAGGUGACUUUCGUAGAUGAGAGGAAACCCCCUAAACUUUUUUUAGGACGACUGGAUAAGGCAUACCACUAUGGGAAAUCUAAUAGCGAAUGGAAAAUUAGAAGUUUGGGACAUCGUGGUCAUCGUCGUGCAUUUUACUGCCGUUUUCUCAAUUGGAAUAUGGGCAUCAUGGGGCGGCGGCAAGGACAGCACAAGCGGCUACUUUUUGGCGGGUCGACAAAUGCCAUGGUAUCUUGUAGGUUUAUCCUUAGUGGUGACCAACAUUGGUAGUUCGACGUUCAUAGGAGUUUCCGGGACUGCAUCUUUAUCUGGAUAUGGUGUAGUCAUUUACGAAUUCCAGGCCUUGAACUGCUUGUUGCUAUUAGGGUUCAUCUUUGUUCCUGUCUACUUCGCUUCAGAGGUUUCGACGGUCCCUGAAUACCUCAAGCUUCGAUUUGGAGCGGAUCGUCUGCAAAUAUUUAUCUCCAUCAUCAACCUUAUCAUGGCUAUCGUUAUCAUGUUAUCGGGAGAGAUGUACGCCGGGUCCUUAGUCAUCCAGCAGUCCUUAGGUUGGGACGUCUAUACCUCCGUCAUCGUCUUGCUUCUCCUCACCGCUGUGUAUACGGUAGCCGGUGGUCUGAAAGCCGUCAUCUACACGGAUGCGAUCCAAGCCGUUGUCAUGAUGAUAGGGGCUUUCAUUCUCAUGGGAAUCGCCUUCGCUGAGAUCGACUGGUCCUUGGAGACUCUACGUCUCCGUUUCAUGUCAGCGAUCCCCAACACUACUCAGGUCUAUGGAAACACGUCGUGCGGGGUGCCCACUGAGGAAACCUGGCACAUCUUCCGUGAUGCCAAGACGUCGGACCUUCCCUGGCCUGGAUCCAUCUUCGGCACCCUUGUCUUAGGGGGCUACUUCUGGUGUACAAACCAGGUGAUUGUUCAGCGUACCCUUGCUGCAAGGAACGUGACUCACAGCAAGGCUGCCUGUAUCAUGACCGGGUACUUCAAGAUCCUUCCCAUGUUCCUAAUGGUCAUCCCUGGUAUGAUCAGCCGAACCCUGUGGCCAGAUGAGAUAGCUUGCGUAGACCCGGAAGUAUGUGAGGCGGCUUGUGGUAAUCCAGCGGGAUGCUCUAACAUCGCUUACCCAAGACUUGUCGUUGAACUUAUGCCUACAGGUCUUCGGGGGUUGAUGCUGGCCACGAUGCUGGCAGCCAUGAUAAGUUCGUUGACCUCCAUCUUCAAUGCGUCCAGUUCGAUGUUCGUCAUCGACAUCUGGUACAAGAUCAGGCCGAGGUCGACUGAGCUCGAACUCGUCAUCGUAGGAAAAUUGGCGACGCUUGUUCUUGUCGCCGUUGGGGUGCUAUGGAUUCCUGUUAUCCAAGCGUAUGGCUCUGGUGAACUCUUUGUCUACAUGCAAGCUAUCCUUUCAUACCUGACACCCGCUGUGUUCUCUGUAUUCACGGCGGCUAUCGCUUGGACGAGAAUCAACGAAACGGGCGCUUUCUGGGGACUCGUUUGCGGUUUCAUCGUGGGUUUUACCCGGUUCAUCCUCGAUUUCGUCUACGGUGUUCCGUCAUGCGGACAAGAAGAUAGUAGACCCGACAUCGUGCGGGACUUCCACUUCCUACACUUUGCCGCCUUCCUCUACGGGUUCACUAUCAUUCUCAUAGUCAUAUUCAGCUUACUCACCGAGCCCAUACCUCAACAAAAGUUGGUACGGCUCACAUUCUGGACGCGAUUCUCAAAUCUGCCAAGACUGCCGAUGUCCGAGGAGAAAGCAGAAGAUGAGAGGAAGAACGAUGUGAUUCGGGCAGAGAAAAAGAAGCAAGCAGCGAUCAGAGCUCAGGAGAGAACGGGCCUGAAGUGGAAGGCGUGGAACAUCCUCUGCGGGAUCAGCGGAGCGCCCACGGACGAGGAGGCCGACGAUGUCGAGGAAGAAGCGCCCGAGCAAGAGAGGAAGGCUACUGCAUUAGAGAAUCCGAAAUGGGCUCGUAUAGCCCUAGUGAACGGGGGAAUUCUGGGGACAGUUUGUGUUUUCAUUCUGGCCUACUUUGGAUAAUAAUGUAACAAAUCAAAUAUAAAGGAUUCUAAAAAGGUCCUCGUGCCUCAGUCGUACCGUCAGACCGACUCCAGACCGACUGAUUUUUAGUCAUUGUAGGCAAGGUAAUAUUUUGUUCGGUCUUUUAUCGGUCUCGUUUUUGUAAGUGCGGUAUUCCUUUCCUAUUCAUGUCCUAUACAAAGAUAACCUUUCAUGGACGGUUUCUUGCUCAAUCACCUUACCUGAACUUAAUUUUUAUUGUAUCAAACAAUGGAUCUUGAUCUAAAACCAUUAUUCGAGACUACAUUACUCAGUGUAAUAUGGAAAUUAUCAGAACUAUGAUUUGCACUUUAUUUGUCAAUAUGUUUGAGUAUUCACGUUUCUUUUCUCCUUUGUGUGUAUUAGUUAAACAACAAGAUGUUGUUAGUUGUUUGACUUUGCACUCUGUAAAUUGAAUUCGCGCAUUUGUUGUGUUUUUGCGGUGUGUUGCAUAUAAGCUACAAGCAUCAUACGCCUAUGAAUAGUUGCUUUGUAUAUAUUUUUUCUUCAAAGAAUUGAACUGAAAAGGGACGUAGUGAAGACAUUCGCUUAGUACUGAUCAGAGUAAACUAUAUUAGUUUUCUGUUCAUUCUAGCGGUUUACUCAGAGUCUGAUGAGUGCAGGACAAUAAGCUUCACUUUUUCUCUCUGCAGUGCCAUUCUUUAAAUCUAUAGUACCAGUCCUUAUUUGUUUUUCUUCACCUGACGUUGUUAAUUUAACGUUCGUUUUCCAGGAUGUGACUGGCGUAGAAAACGUAGAGUAAAACUUCCGUAGGCAUACUUUAAUAUGUUCCUUUUUUGAUAAUUUACAUGGGCGCUUUGUGUUUGUUUUCGUAUCAGUUUUCUGCGAAUUGCUUUGCGGAAUAACUUUGCAUCAUAAACUUUAAAAUUAAUUAUAACACUUGUUAUAGCAGUAAUCAUGUACAAUUAUUAUGUUCCUUUUUUCCAUGUAGAUAGUAUCUGAAUACUAAUCCGGCAGUGAUUGCUCAAAUAGCCCUGUACUAAAGGGGAAGAAUUGUGAAGACGGAAAUUUGUACUGAUUUUGUAUAUAGGCAUAGUAGAACAAAAUUGUUAUACUAAAAUAUUAUAUGAAAUUAACUUGGUAUCAUCUACUACAAUGUAACGUGCACAACGAUUGUCAAUCAAUGUGAUCAUACCUCACGAAGACUGAAUAAAACAGCAGAUUCCUAAGAAAA